CCAAGGUGAUGCACAAGCUGUAGUGCGUACUGCCAUUGAACUCAUCUGCGUUAGCCCCCCUAUGGAGAAUGAGAUCAUUAUAUUCCAAAUCAGAAUUCUUAUUAGAGAUGGGAGCUCAAUCCAGUUCGCUGCUAGCAAAAGAGAUUGGAAUUCCUAGUGUUUUUCUUUUAUGGGACGACGACGCAAGGGAGGAGUCCAUGAGGGAUGAGAAUUAGUAUCUUUGUCCGUCACAAACUCCGGGCGAAAAAAAAAAAAAUCUGUUACAAACCGAGUUUAUUACUAAGAUGCCCUUCGUGUCUAAGACUAGGUUUGUUAAGGUUUGGUUUUAUUUCAUGAAGGCAUUUCAGAUCUCUUGGGUUUUCCCUGACACUGUUAAGAAGAAUUUUGAAGCUUGGAGAAUGAAUAAUUUGAAAGGAAGGUGUAAACAAGUCUGGUGGAAGGUAAUAUAUGCAGUGCAUUGGCAACUUUGGAAAGAAAGAAAUAACAGGGCUUUUGGGGGAAGAGGUAAAGAUGCAGAUGAGAUCCAUCUUACGCAAUACUCAUAUGGAUGGAGUGACCCGCCCACCACCUUGAUCAGUAUCUCGUCGGCCACCAACAAAUCUUAACCUACGUGAUUCAUGGUAACUUGUGUAUUUAUUGUGUAU